AUGAAGGGCGUGCAUCUGCCGCUGCUAGAGCAGACGGACGAAAUGGCGAGGCUGGCGGGGUGGUCAGAGGAGGCAGUGGCGGUGCAGGUGCCGUGCUACCACAACUUCCCCUACUACUGGCAGCACAGCGUCGAGUACUACAUGACCCUCUCCCUGCUCUUCGGGUCGGAGGCGGUGGUGAGGGUGGAGGAGCCAUCGCACGCAGACGUGGUGUUCCUGCCCUACUUCUCCACGCUCGCCUUCCGCCUCAAGGCCAGUGAGCGCCUCAACGCGCAGCUGCUCCCCCUGCUACCGCGCUUGGCCACGCAUCCGCUGCUCAUGCCCGCCGUGUACCCCGUCACCUUCGCCAAUGCCUCGCGGGACCUGCUGCAGCCCGUCCGCAAGAUGGCUGUGGACUUUGACAUGUACCCGCCCAUGGACGCGGAUCCGCUAAUCGAUGUGGUGGUGCCGUACGCUGCUCUGGUGCCUGCUUACUCUGACGACCCGGGGUCGUGGCAGCAGCGCCCCACGCUGCUCUACUUCCGCGGCAACAAGUGGCGCGCUGGGCAGACUGAGGGCCAGGCAGUGCGGAGGGCGCUAGCAGAGGUGCUGGCGGGGCAGAGCGGCGUGGUGUUUGAGACAGCUCUGGCGAGCGACGAGGGCAACAUCAUGGGCGCUGCGGGGGGCCUCAGGCGCGCCAAGUUCUGCCUCUCGCCUGAAGGUGACACGUCGUCGAGCUGUCGGCUGUUUGACAGCAUCCUAUCGGGGUGCGUGCCAGUGGUGGUAUCAGACAGCAUAGAGCUGUCCUUUGAGGACGUCAUCGACUACUCCUCCUUCGCCCUCUUCGUCCCCACCGCGCUUGCUCUCCGCCCCGGCCACCUGCUGGAGCUGCUGCAAGGGCAGAGCCGCACGCAGUGGCACCGCAGAUGGACCAACAUGCGCCGGCUGCGCAAGCACUUUGAGUUCUCGUCACCCCCAGAGCCGGGGGGAGCGGAGGACACAGUAUGGAGAGCAGUGUCAAGGCGCAUGCGCGGCAGCACGGGGAGUGCAGGCGCGCAGCGCAACCGGCGCCAGCGCCUGCGCCUGCUGCUGCGGCAGCUAGCACACUACGGGCUCAAUGCCUCGCACCUGCAGCAGCCGGUGCAUGUACGCCCACCUGUGCACUUGUAG